GCUCGUGUGCCUGUUGUUUUUUUUCGUUACUUUUGGUGAGGAUUCAGAUUUCCCCGUCUUUUCUCGGUUGUUCGCCGUGCAUUUUCUUUGGCUGCUCCGCUGGUUCCAUUGGGAUCAUUUGUGUUGUGGUCUUCGUGGUCCGGGGGCCUUCGGCCUCCCUCUUGGUGUUUACUCUAGGAUGGAGUAUUCAUUGCUCAAAGAUGACACUUCUGAAUCACAACAUUGGACUGUAAGGACACGAGUUGUCAGAUUUUCAGAGUAUGUAAGCAACGAUGAUCCCCCAAAGAUUCUGAGCCUUGAUCUGAUACUUCUUGAUGAAGAGGGAAAAGCAAUGGAGGGUCAAAUUCCAGAGAAUUGGGUACCCUUAUUUAAACCACAACUAAAGGAAGACUUUGUUUACUACAUCAGAUACUUUCAAGUUUGCAAUGCCCGCACCACAUAUUGUCCUGUUGACCAUCCAUACAUGAUGAGGUUCACUGCUCAUACUAAAGUGCAUGAGGUAAAAAAUGUCCAAGACACCUUCCCAAAAUAUGCAUGUGCACUGACAACAUAUGAUGUGCUUCGAACCAGAGUAGGCAUUACAAAUUACUGUUCAGAUGACAUUGGACUUUUCACUGGAUGUUCACAUGUCAAGCUACAACAAACUAAAGGAGGAACUAAGCAUCUACGAAAUGUAUACCUUACUGAUGGCAGAGAGACGACGGUUGUUUCUCUAUGGAAUCAACAUGCACAGAGCUUCGACGCAGACCGUUACAUGGAAAUGGCCAGCCGUGCUCCAGUUGCCUUUCUUUUUGUUGGCAUGACAUGCCGCAUAUUUGAAGAAAAACUGACACUUCAAGGAUCCACACUAUGCAAAUGGUAUGCCAAUCCAGAGUUACCAGAGGCUGCUGCUCUACAAGAUAGUUGCGCUGGUCAGCUUCUCCCACCUACAUGGUUUGGCCCAACUGCAGCACAAAUGGAACCAGAGAGAAUAACAAUGACACAGCUUUCACUAUUUACAAAUCCCCAUAUUAUAUAUAGCAACAGGUACAUUAUCACUGCAAAAAUCAAACAUGUGGUUCCUAAUCAGUCAUGGUGGUACUAUGCUUGUGACGAGUGCAACAAAACACUGCAGCCCCAUGGAGACAAAUAUAAGUGUACUGGUCCUAAGUGUUUUGGAACAAUAGGAGGGCCUAGGUAUCGUCUUUCUAUUAUUGCCACUGACCCUAACCCACCAGCAGAGCAGCAAAGUGAGAGAACUAUCCAACUUGUGUUCUUUGGGUCCACAGCACAGGAAAUAAUUGGCACUCCAGUUGAUACUCUCAUUGCUACUAAUCAAGGCGUCGGAAUGUUCCUCCCUAGAAAAAUCACUACUCUUUAUGAAAAGAAAUAUGACCUCCGUGUAAGUGUUUCCUCAAUGUCACUGCAGCAGGUCAACAUCACCUAUCAAGUUGAUGCCAUUGUAGGUGUUGGUACCAUCUCUGCACCUACACUACCUCUAUUGCAUUCCCCAAUUACAGGACAAUGUUCUCAACAGUCAGGAACUGAGAGUCAAGGAAUUCACUCUACUGAAAAAUCUAUAGCCAUCACUGCAGCAAGUGGCUCUGGAUCCACACCACCUGAAUGUAACAAGGAGACCAGCUUGGCAUUAACUGAUAUAAAUGUAUCUGCCGAAGCAAAUCCUGAACUUCAAAUCGCUGCAACAACAAAAACUCCUGAAUCAGUUCAAACCAAACUGGCAUCAACUCCAGCCUCAUUUGUGGACCUACCUACAGCUCAGGUUCAUGACCCAAAGACCAAAAAGACCAAGCGUUCAACUGAUGAGGCGUCUGGAAGCCUCAAAGAAAAUGACCCAGAGGAUAACCAUACAGCAGCCAAAAAAAAUACCAAAAGGCGACUAAAUCUCACUGAUACAGAUGAACAAGAUUAGGAUAAGCACGCAGUAGAUGGAGACCUGCUAUUUUGCUAAUCGACCUGGGAGAACUAUGGCACCACAUGGAACUGCCUGUCGUCCCACCAUGACCUGUUUAGCCCUAUUCCAUGUAUAUUAAGUAGUAUGAUGAUGCCUUCCUAGCCGCAGCACUAGAUAACUCCGUGAAGUCACUUCAGAGACCUGCUAUUUUGCCAAUCGACUUGGGAAAACUAUGCCACCACAUGGAACUGCCUGUCGUUCCACCAUGAUCUGCAUAACCCUAUCUCAUGUAUAUUAAGUAGUAUGAUGAUGGCUUUCUAGCCGCAUCACUAUAUAACUGCAUGAAGUCACUUCCUUAUGUAUUAAAUAGUAAUAACUGCCUGAAGUCACUUCCUUAUGUAUUAAACAGUAAAUCGUGGUUACUAUGUAAACCUAGCCAGUUUAGCACCGUGCUCCCUAACAUCGAUCAA